AUGUCUGAACUUGAUCGACGAAAUAUUCUUCCUGUACAUCAAGCCGGCUUUCGUCCAAAGAAGAGCACCAUAUACAAUAUUGUCAUAUUAGAACGAUAUGCCCAAGAUCAGCUACGUCGAAGGCGACAUGCUGCUGUUAUCUUAUUCGACAUCAAAUCUGCAUUUGAUUCAGUUUGGCAUGGUGGUUUAAUAUACAAAUUAAACAAUCUUCGUCUGCCACAAUAUUUAAACAACUAUCUAAUUUCAUUCUUGCACAAUAGAACGGCAGUAAUUGAACUUGAAAACGUCCUGUCUCAUCCUUUCAACUUAAACAGUGGAACACCACAAGGUUCUCCACUUUCACCUUUAUUAUAUAUUAUCUACACAUCUGAUUCAAUGAAUGGAAUACCAAAUCAUACAGAACAUGGUCUUUUUGCAGAUGACACUUCUCUUUGGACAUCGUAA